GUUGAUAUCAAUCCAACAUUCAAUCAAGGAGUUAGCACCAUGGGCAAGGUCAAGAAGCGUCGUAACAUCAGCCACAAGAACGUUGCGCCUCCCACGGGCGGUCCGUCGCAAGCGGAGAUUGAUGACGCCAUGGAAGGCUUGGACGACGAAGUCGAUGCUAACGAGACUGCUGAUGCCGCAACCACCACAGUGGCGGCGCGCGGCGGGAAGAAGCAAGUGCCCGACUUCCUUUCCGGGCUGACCAACCUCCAAGGUUCUGUACGAGAGGCUACGUGUGUCGCGCUGGCAUCGUUCUUUGCAGGCGAAGGGACCCCAGACAAGCUGAAAAUGCUCGACAAAUUGCUCAACGCUGGUCUGUUGAAGAAGCUGCUGCCGCGAGUGGUGGACCCAUCGACGCUCGUGCGCCUCCACGCGCUGGGUGCCCUUCGCAACAUCAGUGCGUUCGGGGGGUUGGACGUGUCCGAGUCCAUGACGAGCGAAGACAUUUUGACGCCGUGCAUCAAGAUUGUGGUGGAAUAUGCCGUGGACAACGUCGACGGCAAGGCGUCGCCGCACGCGGUGCCCAUUCUAGAGCAAGUGUUUGCGCUACUGACAAACUUGUGCGAAAGCUGUUCGCUGGCGUUGGUCCAAGCGACGCACCAGCGCCACGCGUUGCUGCCUGCGUUGCUGCAUUCACUACACGUGGCCAAGCAACCGGCGCUCCACCUCGAGACCAUGAAGCUGCUGCUCGUACUAUGCGACAACAACCCCGACCUGAGCCAGUCGUUUCCCGCCGAGUUUCCCCCGGCGUUGCUGCAGAUUCUGCAGUCGCCGGAACAUUCCACGAAACUUCGUCUGACUACGAUCGGGGUCGCGAUUAACCUGCCGAACGUGCUCGAGAACGCGCAGAGUGUUGGUCUGUUGCUCCCCGUACUGCAAAGUGCCGUCGCGUACGACCCCAUUGGCGUCGUGGGGCAAGCCCAAGCCGCAUCCGAGCAGUGGGACCUGGCGCAGCAAGAUUACGGCACCGUCGAAGUGUUUGCCGACGAAGACGUGGAAGAGCGAGAGCAUGUGGAAAAGGUCAAGAAGGCCGUGGCGGUCGUGCGGUCGUGGCGGGAGAACGUUCACAUUUUGACGCUGGGCUUGGAAUUGCUCAGCAACAUGCUCGCGAACGUUGAAUUAGGAGACGACGGCGAUGAGUGGGGAAGUGACGACGAAGAUGGUAUGGAAGAGGCGGCGCAAACCCAAGGCAACGCCGCGACGAGUCGCCCCGUGUCCGUUCCCGCUCAAGUGUUUGGUGCUGAAAACAUCUUGCCCCAUGUGUACAGCAUUGUGCAAAGCGUUGUAACUGUGCCCGCGCAUUUGGCCGCUCCCGUGGUGGACGAUUUCGCCGCCAUUCGUGAACGCGCGCUCAACUGUUUGACGAAUUUGGUGGCCAACUUGUCCGUCGCUGAUUUGACCCGGGGCUGUGAUUUAAACCAAGUGUUUCAAGUUGUGUUGGCGCUAUAUGCGGAUGUACAGUCCAAGAACGAGUUGGCGCUGUCGAAAGACUUGUUCCAACCCGACCGCGCCAACACGGGCGACGUCGACGCCGCCGUUAUGGCCGUGUUGAGUGCGCUCGUGCUUCGAUCUGUGGACGACAACUUGCCGCUGAACGUGGCGCCCGAGCACUUGGGCGCCGUGCUGGCCAGUGCGCAAGCUUCGCCGUCGGUGGAAGCGCGCACGAGCGCCGUCCGAUUGCUGGGCACGUUGGGCAAGAAGGCGCACUCGUUGCCCGAGAACAAGGUCCUCGCGGUGUGUCUGAGCGCCGUGCUGCGGGAUACCGACCUCGCCGUGGUGUGCGAGGUCUUGAACGCGCUGUUUGACAUCUACGCGGACGAGCAAUACGACUCUGUGUUCCACGAGGUGAAAUUCUUGACGUCGCUCGAGCAUGUUGGCGCAGGGAUGAAGUCCAAGAUCAAGAGCGAAGCCAAGUCGCUGGACCGGGAAUUGGUCGCCCAUGCCAAGGAAACACGGCUCAACCUCCUUCGGUUCAUCAAGUACAAGAAGCAGCAUCUAAAAUAGUUUUAUAACGACGUAGAAGUAUAUGUUAUAAUUACUGUUAUAAUAACGACGAGUCGCCCAAUGGGGUCUUUUGGCACCUAUAGCCGAGGCGAAUGAGGCGAAUCGCGCCGCGAUCCCCGCUGUAGUCGACGGGGCUGGACGUUGGCCAGUACGUGAUUGCUGGGUCGAACGGCCCAUUCAUGUACCACCGAAUGCCGGUCGUGGCAAAGACGUCAUCGAUGCAUGACGGGAGCUGGAUGGACGCUGACUGGGUGUUCUGCGACGCGUCGGUCGUGAUCACAGUGACUUGGGACGUCACUGUCGUGUUGCAGAAGCACUCCACGAGGUAAGGAUACACAGGGACUUUGACUGCCGCGCCGACUUCCGCUGCCGUCACGACGGUGCUACAAGCGUAGAGCACGAUCAGCAGCAACGCCGCCAUGCUUAGAAAAAUC